AUGUCCUCCCGUCACUGCCUCUUCUUCUUGCUCUUCCUCCCAUUCCACACUUUACGCUCAACGUUCUACAUGACCAACACAGACUUCUCCAAGUCACCCAUGUCCAACCUCCUUUCCGCCGCCGUGACGCUGCUCGCGCUGUCGCACUCCGGCUUCGUCGACGCGAUGCGGAUCCCUUCUCGGGACCCAUCUUCAUCCCUAUCGGAGCGGAGAUUCCCCAUCAAGCGUAGUCCUCGCGUGAUCCCUUGCACAGGGACAAUGCGGAUCGACGAAAAUACCAUCCAAUGCUCAGCGGGCCUGUAUCCUUCAGCCGAUGGUGCGUGCGAGCACACUUUUGCAGAUCCUCCACCGUCGUGGGGAAGCUCAGCUCACUUCUGGAUGCACUUUCAAUUCACAGGUCGACGCUGUAUCGCUUGUCAAGAUCCCUAUGCCAUCACCUGCACUUCCUCUGGAGCGGUUACGUGCAAGAGUGGUAUUGCACCCAAGGAUGGUUUUUGUCUCACUUCGUGGGACUGUAACGGCGCUCCACCGCGCUACCUGGCACCCGACAGUCAGUCAUUUUGGGAUUUUUUUCUACCUUGCGAUUUCAUAAUAUCGAUACUAAUGUUUAGUAUCUCUCCACUCCUGUGGUUUUGAAGAUUCCUCCUGUUAUCCGUGCCCUGGACAGAACGCGACAUCAUGCGAUCGCACCGGCGCCUCGACAGGCUGCUCCUACGGCGUGCCUGAUAAUGGGGCCUGCGUGGCGGUGAAGUGUCCCACCUCCUCCGUCAACACUGAUGGUGAGUCUUCUCUCCGGAUGCCGUUUAUGGCCACGGCCCUUCAAUGAUUGGUGCAUCUUACACGCCGUGGCGAACUUGCUCUACGUCUCGCAGGCAACGGGUGCUGCUCGGACCCCUAUGCGAUCACGUGCAACUCGGGCGGCUCGCUGUCUUGCAAGUACGGCUCGCCCUCGGAUGGGAACUGCCCCAAACCCGCAGAUUGCAGUGGAUCACCGGCCAGACAUCCUUCCAAAGACAGUUGAGUCCUCGACGAAGGCCGAGAGGGCAAUCCCGGCUUGAAGGACCGAUUACUAAAUCUUAACUUUUGGCCCCGGCGACAGAGCUUUCGUGUCUCGACUGUCCAACUAAUUCGACCUCGUGUGACGAUCAGGGGCAAGCGACCAAGUGCAAUUAUGGUGCUGUCACUGCUGGUCAAUGCAAGGAGGCGAUCUGCCCGAAUGGACCAGUCAGCAAUGAUGGUGAGUUCCUCAUCCCUUCAAUCCUGCGAAUUGUGAGCGAUCUUCGCUCGGCUUAGGAGUUCUCGGCGCUGACGGAUGACAUUCACGCUCGAUAGGGGGAUCAUGCUGCACCAACUUCACGACUUCGUGCCAGAACGCGAACAUGUCCCUCACCUGUCAAAGCGGUUACAAAGUCAACGGCACAGUCAACGGAACUAUACCUUGUCAGGGACCGUACUCGUCCCGUUAUGGCCGUAAGUCAUUGAGACUGUUGCAUCUUCGCGUCAGGCUUGUGCGCCAUCCGCAUUCAAAACACUGAGACAUAUACCGGUAUUCUGGAAUGCUUGAAACAGGCGAGACGUACAAGUACGGCGAUGCAGGCCGUUGGAUGGUGGCCUAUCUGGAUCGGUCAUCGGUCGAAACCUGCGCGAUCCAAGCCUAUCAGCGCAACCUGACUUUUAUGUGGACAGCUUACACCGGGCGUGGUCAAUGCGUCUUCUACCACACUGAAGACUUCAACGUUGGGCAAGAGGAUUGGGGCGCUCAGCAUUGGUACGAUUUUGGAAAGUUUGGGACGUGUGCAGAAACGACGCAGAACUGGCCAGUCGGGAGGGAGCAUGCUUCGGAGUGCGAGGACUUGUUGAUGAUUUAG